AAUUUAAAACCAAACAAACUUCAAACCAAAAUAAAAACUUAAUAACGAUACGAUUGCCGGAAGCCGCCGGUCAGAGCACAGAGAACCGUUAAAUCCCGAAGAUCGUGGGACACUGGUGGGCUACUGUAAAUUGCCGAUUCAGCUUGGAAGCUACGCUGCCAGUUUACACCACUUCUCUCUCUCUUUCUUGUAAAUCAUUUCCAACAAAUUUCUGGAACAAGUAUUUCCCCUCUACCGCCAUUUCAACUAGGGUUCAUCGGAGAUCGUCGUAAACUCCUGGAUCCAAGAUCGAAGAUCAAUUUUCUCGUCCAGCAACCACAAUUUGUCGGCAUUUCUUCAAAAACUACAGCUAAGUAGUUGUAAUUCGAUACUCUACAAGCUGGUUGUGCUUCUCUUCUCUUCCUGUCCAUGUGUUUAGUUUCUUGCCUCUUUCUUGGAAAAGCAUCGAUGGUUCGUGCGAUCCAGUAUAUGUGCGGCAUGUAAAGAAUUAGGGUUCUGAGAGUAUAUUUCUGUUGAGUUAGGUCUUUUCCUGAUUGAUUUCGAGUUCGGUUUUGCGCGAGGUGGAUUUUCUUUUUUGGCUCAAAUGGCGAUUAUUGGAGAUGCGCUUCGCCAGGCGUUCAUGCCUAAGCACGAGUAUGAGAAUCUUCGCGAAGAAGAAAAGGCUUGGGGCAAGCUUCAGAAACCACUGGUAAUGGCUCUUGUCGCUUUGAUAGGGCUCGCAAUUAUUGUAUGCACGAGUAUCAGUUUGAACAUAGUCUUCCCUGACGACAUCGGAAAUAGACCGUUCUGCAGCGACAGGAGGCUUCAGCCUCUUCCCAUGAUGAAUGGGAAAGGAGGCGAAUCUGAUCAUUUUCUUGGAGCUUUUUACCUCACUAAUCAAGAAAUCGUGGACUAUUAUUGGAUGCUCGUGUUCAUCCCCUCAGUAGUCGCAUUUUUUGCAUCGGCUAUUUAUCUUGUUGCCGGCAUAGUUGUUGCUUAUUCUGCUCCAAGUAGACAUGGUUGCUUGAAGGUUGUUGAGAAUAGCUACUGUGCAUCCAGAAGAGGUGGGGUUCGCUGUCUUACCAUCCUGAAUGUUGUUUUUGCCAUCAUCUUUGGCCUCUUGGCAUUAUUUCUUGGUUCAAGUCUUCUCACCUUGGGUGGCAGCUGCUCUGUUCCCCUGUUUUGGUGCUAUGAGAUCUCAUCAUGGGGUCUAGUUAUUCUCUAUGGAGGAACUGCUUUUUUCUUAAGGCGAAAAUCAGCUACAAUUCUCGGCGAGGGAGAUCUCGGUAGUAGAAACCUUGGCCUGGAAAUGUUGGUUGCAAAUCCUAUGGAAAUCACUCCUGAUGUGGAAAGGCGUGUCAAUGAAGGAUUCAAAGCUUGGAUGGGAUCUUCUCUCUUAUCCUCUGAUGAAGAAGAUGAACCUGAUAGCUAUGAAGAAGUAACAUCCCAUAUCAACCAUGCUAACUUUAACAACGGCCACAUUGUGUGAUACGAUUUUCCUUCGAUUCAGGUGAUGACAGGUAAAUUUUGGCACAUUGGAGAUCCGAUAGUAGCCAGUCACAGAAAUAUAUAGAUGGCUGUUUGUGGAGAUAUUUGAUACAACUGACCCGAUUACAAGGCUUGGAUGGAUGGUAGCGGGAGUUUUUGUUGAGAUUUGGGUUUUCCUUUGUCACCAUAAUCUUGAUAACUUGUGAAUAGAUUAUAGAACUUACUCAGCUAGUAGUUGUCUCCUUUUAGGUUUUAUUUAACAAUUUCUCUCUUUAACCAUCUUUUAUGGCUUUGUUUCAAUGUCUUGUGGACCUUUUCUAACUAUGAACAGAAAAUACAAAUUGUCCAACAAACACGUUGGUUUGUCGUACUAAUAGAUAAAUUCUUACCAAUUUAUUUUUCUUU